AUGUUUGAUUUCUUCCCAAAGUUUAUUGAUGCAAGUAUGGUCCAUAAGACAACUUGUGGUGCUAUUAUUUCAAUCAUUUCUAUCGCAGCUGUGGCAGCACUUUCAUUUUUCGAAAUUUAUUCAUUUGUUUACCCUCCAAUCAAGUCAGAGCUUGUUUCACUUUCAGAAUUAUCCGAUGCUUUAUCUGAUUUUACGAUUUCUUUCAACUUUUCAGUAGAUUUACCAUGCAUUUUAGUUUCUAUAGACAUUUAUGAUGUUUUAGGUACAUUAACAGACCCUAAUUCAAAAAGCAUCUAUAAAUUGCGUCUAGAUAAUAAUCGAAAUCCAAUUCCAUACUCUCAAGUUUCCCAAAAUUGUGGUUCAUGUUAUGGAACUGAGUUUGCAGAAGGAUCUCGUUGUUGCAAUACAUGCGAAGACGUUGUUUCUCACCACAUAAAAGCAGGAAGACCACUUACAAACGUAACUACAUGGCAGCAAUGCAUAAAUGAAAAAUAUGAUUUCACAGGUAAAGAGAAAUGCCAAAUAUUUGGUAACCAUCAUGUUAGCGCUAUCGAUGGUGGUAUCAGAAUCCUGCCUCGUUUCUCUUCUAAUGAAGAACCUUUCACUAAAUUAUUAAAUCUUACUCAUUACAUCGAUCACAUCACAUUUGGAACUUCCUUUGGUCCUCAACCACUCGAUGAUGCACUUAUUGUACAGUCAGAACCCGGACAAUUCCAUUACAGAUACGAUUUAAAGGCUGUUCCCACUGUUAUGCAUAAUCAGGACGGCUCUAUCACCCACGGAUUCCAGUACGCUGUUGACAGUGCUAAAAUACCAAUUACAGAUAGAACAAGGCUUGGUGAAGGAAUCUUUUUCAAUUAUUACUUUGCAACUGUCGCAGUUGUUGGGAAACCAGAUAGGUUUACUAUAUACAUUCUUAUUUCUCGCCUGUUCUGCAUCUUUGGCGGUGGUUUCUUCCUUGCAAGAUUAAUCGACUCAUUUGGCUAUAGAAUACAUACAAUGGAAGGCAAGAUGAGAAUAGGUAAGGCUGCUUAA